ACCGGAAGAGGCUUUUUGCGUUUGAGGAGUGGAGUGUCUGGUACUGAACAACCAAAAGUCCAAUAUGAAACUGCUCAGGACCGAGUGCAAGUCACAGAAUCACCAUGAUGCUUCAGAGGCUUUUCAGGUUCUCCUCUCUCAUUUGGUCUGCAGUCUCAGUUCAUUUGAGGAGCAACACUGGUGUUACCGCGGUGGCAUUUAAAAAGGAACUUGAUCCUGUACAGAAACUCAUCGUGGACAAGAUUAGAGAAUACAGAACUAAGCUACAGGCAUCAGGAGGACCCGUUGAUACUGGCCCAGAGCACCAGCAAGACCUAGAGAGGGAGCUUUUGAAGCUUAAGCAAACGUAUGGUAAAGCAGACAUGAAUACGUUCUCAGAAUUCACAUUUGAAGAUCCUAAAUAAAUUUGAAGUCAUCAAGAAGCCCCAGUCCUGGAAAAACCAUGUAAAAUUUAUUUGGUAAUUUCACCUGGAUUAGUUGUACAACUGGAUCAGAAUAAACAUUUCUCAACUGUCAAAAAAAAUAUAUAUAUGUAUAUAUAUAUAUAUAUUUUUAGGGGCGCCUGGGUGGCUCAGUUGU